ACAAAUGAACUUUUGUUUCUGAUAUGGAAAACAAUAAGCAAAUCUGUCUGAAAGUUUGAAUGCCUGUAGGCUUGAGUGAGGUUCAGAAUGUGUCCACACAAAGAAGUUCUUAAGCAGACUAUUUGUAGGAAGAGGUAGAUGGUUCUCCUGGUUGUAACUUUAACUAACUUUGGAAAGAGGAAGUAUCUUUUGGAAGAUGAGUCAAGUGACUAUAACCUGGGCAGGAACAGGUGUUUUGUGCUCCAAGUUGUUAUCUCCAUCUCAGUAGACAAGGAGGAAAAUGUGAGACUGCGACACACCCAGUGGGCAAACAGGGCGGCCGUGUGUGUUUGUGGAGUCAGAUAUAUAUAUAAGCUUAACUGCACUGAGUCAGCUGUAGAGUUAGCAGACUGAGAGCAUAUUAACAAUGUGACUUCCAUGUAAAACCUGGUCAUAUCGAUCAGGUGCAGACAGAAUGGGGCAGAAAACCUCACAACAGCUGGCCUUGAAGGACGGCAAGGAGGCUGUCCGUGUGUGUGAGGUGGUCAGCGGAGCCAUGGUCCACGCAGCCCGGAAACUGGAGGAGUACCUGGGCUUUGAAUAUCCCGUGAGUAAACUCCGCCCAGCUGCCGAGACCCUCAAUGAGAUCUUCUUAAUCCACUUCAUCACCUUCUGCCAGGAGAACGGAGUGGAGGAGUGGCUAACCACCACCAAGAUGACCAAGCACCAGGCCUUGCUGUUCGGGGCCGACUGGGUCUGGACCUUCUGGGGCUCCGAUAAGCAGGUGAAGCUUCAGCUGGCCGUGCAGACACUGCAGAUGGCUGCUCUUCCUCUCGUGGAACCCACACUCCACGACCUCCCCAGCCCAGGGCCAAGGCUGGAGGAACCCUCCGGGAAGAGAAGUCGGUUAGAGAAGCUGGACGAGUUCUGCAGAUUGAUAGGGGAGGAUUGUCUGGGUCUCUUCAUUAUCUUCGGUGUGCCCGGGAAGCCACGAGACAUCAGAGGGGUCAUCCUGGACAGCGUCACAAGUGAUAUGGCCAGGAGCCAUCUGCCAGGACAGGAGGCAGUGGCCCGAUUUGUCCUUGACACAGAAAAGCGUGUCUCCAUCAGAGAGCUGCUUGGGAACUGUCUGAGUAAGAACAACGGGCUGAGGGAGGUAGGCCAGGCUUACAUUAGCAUCCUAUGAACUGCGUGAGUGUGGCCUGGCAAAGGGAAAGAAACUAACGCUGGGGCCAGUGAGAUGGCUCAAUUGGCUAAUCCUCUACCUUCAAGCACCAGCAUCUCACAUGGGUGCAGGUUCUUGUCUCACCUGCUCCACACUCCAUCCAGCUCCCUCCUCCCUGCUUGUGGCCUGGGAAAGCAGUAGAGGACAGCCCCAAACCUUGGAACCCAGCAGCUGUGUGGGAGAUCCAGAAGAAGUUCCUGGCUCCAGAUUAGCUCAGCUGCAGCCAUUACAGACAUUUGAGGAAUGAACCAGAGGAUGGAAGAUCUUUCUCUGUCUCUUCUCUGUAAAUCUGCUUUUCCAAUAAGAAUAAAUAACUUUUUAAAAA